AUGCAGUGCACUGGCGUUCUUUACGACAGGGCCGGUGUGCCCGAAGUUAUUGAGAUAGCUGUACCAGUCGCAACAGGGAGUGGUGACACCUCGUCGAGCGACAUGAUCCAACCUCUAGCUGAGUUACGGCAGCAGAUCAACGAGACGAUAACCGCGAAAAUAGGAUCCACAGCUGUCAAACAGGAUACGCCAGACGAUGAAGAAAAUCAGGCGGAUACUUGA